GAAUACUGGCUCUUAGUCGUCAUAAAUAGAAUUCGUUCACCGGUUGUUUGAACAAGUGAUCCAUCACCUGAAGUACAAGGCUACUGAGUUUAAUCUGGGAAUGAUAUCUAUUCAAGCAAAAACUUGAUCUAUAUUGGGAUACAUGCAACAGAAAAUAUUUAUUGAAGCAAAACGUAUUGAUUUUCGACUAAAUUCGGUUGCACCGAAAAGAGUUAUCGUGUUUAAGAUUCCAAAAAAUUUUCCCCCCAUUUUGGAAUGCUUCUGGCAUGGUGGUCUCCCUGAGAUCGCUAAAACAGUAUCCCACGAAGAGGAACUUCCACGAUCCAAUAAAAUUUGAUUAAUUAUGGGGUAUGUAUUAUUAGUUAGGUUUUUGGGGCCCGAAAUUAGA